CUCGUCGUAAAUGGCGACCUCCAGGGUUUCAAAGCCGCAAUUCCCUGUACUCCGGACGAGUUCCUGUCUCUCUCAAAGACGUCAUCCCCAACUCAGAUGGCCCGACUCACAUCCUCUGAUGAUGAGAGUGAGUCGAGAACCGCUGCAGUCGGGUUGAAGAGCGAAGCGAGACAAAAAGGUCAAGUCAACUCCGCAACUUCUCCUACCAUUGAUUCUUCAAUCUCUCCGCAAUCUCCCACUAUGGGCAAUACGCCUUCUCAGACCACUGCGGGAGUCCCAAGUCAAGGGGGCCCAGAAGAUGUUACAUCGUCGACUAGCGAUGCUGCCGGCAUCAUGGCCUCCGCCCCCGCGGGCUUGGGGAACAACAGACUCGCCACGGGUUUUCGCACAGCACCACCCCGUCCAGCCGCUUCUGACGAGUCGCAGCCCGGGAUAUGCGAACGCGACGGCCCCCUGAACCCUUCGAUACUCUCAGGAGAUUCCGUAGAUGAUGCCAUCGAGAUUUCUGACAACGAGCAAGAAGAGUCCGAUGACGGCGGCAUGGUCAUUAACAUUGACCGUACCCAACAUCAUCACUUCUCUGAUGACAUGAUCCUUGAUCACGAUGAGAGGGAAGGGGGAGAUACGGAGGAAGAAGAGCAGGACGAAGAAGAGGAGGAGGAAGAGGGAGAAACACAUUCAGAAGCGGAGGGGGAUACUGAGUCUGAGGCGUCUACAACAGAGACAACACAACCCCUUUCUUCUACCGAACGGGAUGCUCACGACCAGUUACAGGGCGAUCUCGAGAGAUUCUCCGGCACCGUUACGCGCGAACUCCCCACCCAUUCGACAGCGGCCGACGCCCCCAUACGAUCAGGCCCUCUCCUUGUUGAUCUGAGCCCGGACGAGCUUGAGCUGCAAUUGAAGUACGCUUUCUUCCACGUCAGCCUCAAGAAUAUCGACCUCAGUCAGCCUGCUGUUUGCCUGAGUUGUCUCCAAAGCGGUCACGCUGAGCGAGAUUGUCCCGAGAUGACAUGCAUUCAUUGUUCUGCCAGCCACUCCAGCCGCCUCUGCCCUCAGCUCCAGCGGUGCUCAAAAUGCCGUGACCGUGGACACAGUGCGGAGUCUUGCCCUGCAGGUCUGAAAGUCACCACCAUCCCUUGUGAUAUUUGUGGCACUUCAAAUCAUGUGGAGCAGGCAUGCCCUCAGCGGUUCUUACCAUCUUACGGGACUUCAGAUACUGGUCCUACCAAACUCUGGAUCUCUUGCUGCAUCUGCGCAAGUAAGUCCCAUCUCGUGGGUGACUGUCCCCGAGCGAACCAGGCCGCAGCAGCAAGAUGGUCGUUGAGAUCAUUUGCUCCCGACCAGAUUACCAAUCUAAGUCUUGCUUCCGGUAUGAAGCAGAGGGAAAGAGAAGUGGCCAACCGUGGUCUGCGCCCAGAAGGGCUCAAGAUUAGAGGUCGUGCCGCCCUUCACAGUGCGCGCAGCCCCAGUGGCAGACAGCCAGUGGACAGUUCGGAUAGUGACGAGCAGUUUUUGGGGCCACGAGUUCGAACUCGUUCCAUGGCAAAGCGUGGCAGCUUGACGUUCGCAACACAGCCACCGACAGAGAGGUCGUCAACCACCCAGAUGCCGAAGAAGGCGGUGCUCCUGGCGUUCCUCAAAGCGAUCAACCAGCAAAGAAAGUCGUCUGGCAAAGGCCGGAUUGACCUGAUGUACGCAAAGAAUGGCUAUAUUUCCUUCGUAGACAAUUCAGACGGGCAAAACUCGAGGGUCAUCACCGGCAACGCGAAGCAGAUUGAGGUGAUCCAGAAGUGGUCAAGGUAACGUUUACUCAGAUCCAGGUAACAACAACCAAACAGCUGACGCAGGGUACUGCCUACUAGGUCACGGCGUCCAGGCGAAGCAUAUCUUGUUUAGGAAACAGCAAGCUUCCGCCGGUAGAGGACGCGGCGACGGGCACCGCGAGCAGCUGGUUUGGCGGACCGAGAGAUCGAGGACAUGGACGGCGGUGCUGGCGGACGGGCCUCCUCACAACAACAACAACAACAUCAUUAUCAUCAUCAUCAUCAUCACCACCACCACCAACCGGCCACAGAGCUCAGAUUUGGUGGCAGGCGUCGAGAGGAGGGCGAGCCGACACACCGCGUAUGUCCGUCCUAAGGGUCACGACGAGCUCGUGAGAACGUGCAUUAUACAUUCAGAGCAUGAAACCGGCUGGCAUAGGCUUUGAUGGUCGCGAGGCUGUCUGUUAUUAGUCUUUGCUAGCGUCAACGUCGAGGAUCUUCUUUCACCGACUGGAUACUCCAGAAGGAGGGCUGGGCACACUCAUGAUCUUUCCAGCUUGGGUACAAGAAAGCCAGGCUCUUCACGGCUUCCGCCAUCGACUUCUUCGGGUGGAGGCAUGAAUACUCAACCGGGGAGGAUUACCAUGCAAAGUGCGUGUUGAUCGCUCUCAUUGACGCCGGUUCGAGUUACAUUAGUUACACAACCCCCUUUUGUCCCGGGUUCUAGCCA